AUGCCGGAGAAAAACUCUCCCAACAAGAAUUGUCUCUCUAUCAGGCUCUCCGAGUCUGCCGUUUUUCUCAGAACAGACGCUGCAACUGGUCGACGUCGAAAUGUUGACGCCCCGCGCACAUCCAUCCUUCGCGGCCUCCUUACGCUAGAGUUGGUCAAACCAACAAAGAUAACGAGUAUCGAUAUCGAACUCCAAGCGACUACCUCUACUGCUUGGCCAGAAGGCAUUGGCGCACGCCGCAUUGAGGUUACAGAACAGCAUCGUGUCUUCCAUGCUUCGACCGUUUAUUUUUGUGCUGGUAAGACACAAUCGCGACGGACGGCCUCUAUCGGUCCCGGCGUUACUUUGCCAAAUGAAGAGUUUGAAGAACAUGACUGGGACGACCCACUUUCAUACACCCCGCGUGGUAACGAGAUGGUGGUCCCAGCCGACGCUCAUGAUAACGGAGGGACAAGCUGGACAGCACACGGGUCACAGCAGUAUACUCUCCCUACUCACUAUCCUUACCGUCCCAAUCGUUCUCCAACUCCACCGCCGGUCCAGCGAAAUCAACGGCGCGUGAGUGUUGAUAGCCCUAAUUAUCAACGCCUUCCGGUUUCACAUCAUGAAGAGUAUGACGCUGCCCCUAUACCCCCAUACUCCCCUCAGGCUGUCUUCUCGCCUGUGCCGCUUGCGUCCCCUCCCCCGAUUCCUAGCGCCUCCUCCUCAUGCCACCUAUUAAACCCCGACGGGAGCACAAUAGUGGCGGCGCAAAAUUUGGAAGAGUUUAGGAACUCUUUGCAUUCCAGUCUUUCUAGCUUCCGACAAAGCCCAUCUUCGCCGAUGAGAUCGCAUCAAGAACGCUCUCUGUCUCGUAGACCAAGUAUGGAUGAUGUACCGGAACAUGAAUCCGGUCCAAGCACCUCUCAAGUUCGCUCUCCGACACCGCCACAAGAGAACGGGAACCAAGCAAGAGGAAGGAGGGGGUCCCGAUUCGGGUUCUCUUCUGUAUCGAAUGUGCUCAUCAAUGCGGUCCGCUCGAGUUCACCACAAUUAAGUCCCAAGUUUCAACGUUCGCGCGAGAGGAACCGUUCUGAAGACGUGUCCAACGGCAAUAGAGGAAGGACGACGGAGAGAGCCUUCGAUGGAAAUGAACGGAUAUCAGGACAUGGAUCACCAAGCACUUCCAUUACCCGGUCAAGAGCAAAAGAAUCGAAAGAGCGGGGCUUGUCCAUCGGAAAUCUUUUUGGAAAAGCAACGGACGAGAAGGCCAAAGACAAUGUGAACGGUUGGAAGGAGUUCAAGAAAGGGACAUAUACCUACCCAAUAUCAUUUCCGAUUCCUGGUAACGCUCCACCUACGAUGCAAUGUGAUUACGGAUCCGUCGUUUGGAGGUUGCGGGCGACAGCACACCGUCCUGGUACUUUUAAAUCCAAGCUCACCGCCAGCAGGGAGGUCAUCAUGAUUGCAUGCCCUAUGGAAGAAGACACGGAGGACACGGAGAACAUCGUUGUGGAACGGCACUGGGAUCAACAGUUGCAGUACCUUAUCUCCAUAUCUGGGCGAAGUUUCUACAUCGGGGGCACCGUACCGGUGACAUUUACUCUGAUGCCGCUUGCCAAAGUCAAGAUUCAUCGAGUCUCAGUCUUUAUUGAAGAAAGAGUCGAUUACUAUACCAACAUGAGACGCAUUGCGCGUUCUGACCCUGUGACCCGCGUGGAACUUCUUUCUAUCAAAGGAGAGGGCAAGGGGGCGGACCCAAUCCUGCCUUUAGAGUCUGACGAGGUGGAGGCUUUUCGAAAAUCACCCUUGUUUUCCGUCCUUGAUCCUCAAGCUGAUAUUUCCGAGGUGGCAUCCAGUGUAAUGGGCCCAGGACCUUGGACUUUCCAUCAAGAUUUGAAGUUGCCAAGCUCAUGUGGUGCCAUGCGGUUUACGAACCGGAACCGUCGGUCAAACAUCAUUAUCACCCACUUGCUCAAGUGCGUCUUGAGGGUCGAGCGUGGCGACGACGUCCACAUAGAUGGCAAAACAGGCAAGAAAAGGUUGUUCGAUAUUGUGGUGCAGACCCCAGUGCACAUCCUUUCCCAGUGCCGUUGUAAUCCCGAAUGGACUUCGCUCCCCCGUUAUUCAGAAGCUCUCGACGAUCCCACAACCGUCAUACCCAACUGUCCAUGCCAUGUACAAAGGAUGAGGAGGGCUGAGCAGACCGAGUAUCAUCCUGGAUUUCGAUACAAUUUGCCUGCUGCUCUCGAGAGAAUGGCAUCCCGCCAGUCAUCGGACUCAAGCGCAUCUGCAGCAGAAACACACCCAGUAAACCCUGCCGUCAUGCGUACUCUGCGGCACAACAAUGCUGAUUUGAUGCUGAACACGAACUCUCAAUUCGAGAGGCUAAUUUCGGGGCAAGAGACCGAAAUGGGUGAAGCCCCACCUGCAUACGUUUUCUCGCCAGAGUGUGUGCUUCGAGUCGCGUAG